AAUAAGGAAGUGUUACCGCUUCACUCACGUAGCGACAUAUGACACGCUUCCGGCCAUGUGUGCGAGGCUGUGUCGAUACAGAGUAUAUUUCCCGGAGACUGGCACGCUGAAGACAAAAGACCGAUAAAAUGGCGGCACAGACUCCAGUACCCGGAUGUAGCCAUCAUUCCGGUAUGGGUUUUGUCUAUGUUUGUAAGACAUGUGACAAUCAACUUAUCUGUAUGGACUGUGUUGUGGGUCGUCACAACAAACACGACCUUGGUAAAUUAACGGACUAUGUGUCGGAACAGAAACGUCAAAUCAAGGAGUACAAGGAAAGGCUUUCAAAAACGGAUAUUCCAAAGGCAGAGAGGGACAUAAAAGAAAACAACGAAAACUUAUCGGAAUGCAGAAAAAAGUUGAGGGAGAUGAUCGACAAUAUCAAAUGUCAGGCAGAGCAAAUGAAAAAAGAAAUCGACAAACUCACAGACAGGUUAGUGAAGCUCUGUAGAGAUUUGGAGAAGAUGAAUUCAGAUAUCACUGUAAUGAACAAUAGUGCACUAACUAAAUGCCUCCGAGAGGAAAUGAGGCCACGACUGGACAAAUAUCAACAGGUUCUGACUUCCGGUACAAAUGUCGACGUCAUCACACUAGCGCGGGAAACACGGAACGGAAAUUGUGCCUCAACUGUGCCGAACGCUCGAGGAACCUUGAAAACGGCAGCCUUUAAACCCGGAAGUAUCCACAAUGGACUCUUGGAACGGAUGCUGGGUACAGUGAUAGUUGACGGGGAAAAUCCCAUAUUCCGGACUGUUAAAAAGAUAUCUGUUGUUUCAAAAUUUAAAACGUCAAUUCGUUGCAGUGUGUACCGAACAUGUCGUGAAGGUGGAGAGGCCUGGUUAUCGCACAAGACAGAAAAACAGAUAUACAGAAUAGAUCAGAAUGGAAACACAAAGAAGAAGAUCGAGUGUAAAGUCAAAGUCCAAUCAAUCGCCGUCUCACCGACAACGGGGAGGGUGUGGUUCUGUGUACAGGCUGACAACAGCAUCCGGGAAGUCACGUCUAAUGAUCAGAUAGUGAUCCGUUUCAAUGGAGAAUCUACACCAUUAUCUUUGUGUAUAACAGCGGAAGAGAUGGUGGUGGUGGGGAUGAGUGGUGGAAUAAUCCUGUACACUACAGACGGUCGGAUGGUGACAGACGGUGCGGGCCGUGUCUGUAGACAGGAGGCGGAUGUUCCCCAUCACAUGGCGUUCUGUACACAGACCGGGGAUGUAGCUGCUGCUGACAAUGGAAAUGUAACGUUUGGUGAAUACAUGGCUGGUAAGGAACCAGUAAAGCCACCCCGGAUCAUUGUGAUGGAUAAGCACCUCAAACUUAAGUUUCAGUAUCAGCACAUUGAUGAUAUUGAACCACAAACAGGUGAAGGUCAACAUUCCAAGUUCUAUCCCUAUGAUGUUUGUUUUGACGGUGCAGGUGAUGUCCUGGUAACAGAACAUGUGACCAGUUCAGUAUUGCUGAUUGACGGGAACAAUGGACACUUCCUCAGGACCAUCUGUAUAUCUGAUGGUGAGCUUCCUUCGGGUAUCAGCCUGCUGGAUGAUCGUAUUCUCUGGAUUGGACAUUGGAAUGAAACAAAAAUAUUUAAAUACAUGUAGUAACUAGGAGAGAGUAUUGAUCUUCAUUUACUAGUGAGUGAUUCCUGGGCGACUUUGGAACAUUCUUGAAUCCGUUACUAAAAGAAACUGACUGUACAAACACGCGACACACAUAUGAAACGAGAUAAUAUGUCUUGUGAUGCGGAUUAAAUUGUGGUUGAAUUUUAUUUCGUGUCAAAGAAAUGAUAAAAUAAUGAAAUCAUGGAUUGUGGUAAAUAUCUUUAUUUCAUUGUUCGGUAACUUGAAGACCAGACGAUUGUAUUUCCAAAGAUUUCUGCUGGCUUGAAACCGUAUCAUUAUUUUACUUAUAUAAUUAUAUAUUCUUUGUAAAUAACAUUUUAUCUUCGAUAAGGUAACAAUUUAUCUGAUAAUUUUUUAGUGAAAGAUUGUUUAUUUGCGUUAAGAAAGUAUUAGAAAAUACAGAAUAAUUAAAUUGCCCUGGGUUUUGGUGAUAUUUGGUUAAGUCAAUAGUCAACCAAUACUUAGUGAAUUUUACCAUUUAUUAGACAGUGAACUUUUGACCAAGGUUAUUAAUCUUUAAGAGUUACAUAAGAGUAUUUAUUCAAGUACUUUUUGUACCAACAGAUUGUAUAUCAUUUUUCUAUCCAAUAUCAUUUAACAAAAUAUAUUCCGAAGAAGUUUAGAAUUAGUUUGACAAUGUAACUUUGAUCUGCACACUCUCUAGUUAUAGAAACGGGUUGUUAGAGUCAUACUGCUCGAGCUUACAUACAGUACAGCUUGUCACACAAUGUCUGAGGUCGAGGAUCAUCUACGAUCAUUUCAAAAUUUUAGAAUUAGAUACAUAAAAAAUAUAUUAUUGGAGAAAGCCAUUCAACAUCAAGGAAUUGAGUCAACUUGAUAAAUUUA